AUGGGCAUCGUCAAGGGCGGCGCAUUGCGCCUACUGCAAAGCGGCCUCUACGCGAUCGAAUUCCUUUGCGCUGCCAUCAUCUUGGGCAUUUACUCCUACUUCCUCUCCGUCCUCGCCGACCGCCAUCUACCCAUCGCCACAUGGAAACGCGCCGUCGAAGGCCUCUCCGGCGCAGCAUGUCUCUACCUCAUCUUCGCCACCAUCCUGACCUGCUGCCUCGGCGGCGUCGAAGUCUUCGCCUUCAUCGCCAUGGUCCUCGACGUCCUCUUCUUCGGCGCCAUGAUCGCCAUCGCCAUCCUCACCCGCAGCGGCGCGAGCAAAUGUUCCGGCUACGUGACGACACCGCUCGGCAACGGCCAGGCCAGCAGCAGCACUGGUGGCUUCGGCAACGGCGGGUCCGACUCGGGUGAAAACAACGCCACGUACUCGGUCAUCCUCCGCACCGCUUGCAAGCUGAACACCGCGUGUUUCGCCGUCGCCCUUAUUGCUGCGGUGCUCUUCCUCGUCACGGCUGUCAUGCAGAUCGCGCUUGUGCGCCAUCACAAGAAGGAGAAGCGGUAUGGUCCCUCGCCGUCGAACAACUAUACCAGUGGCCCGGGCAAGCGCAGGGGCAUGUUUGGUCGCAAGAACAAGAAGCACAACGCGACUCACGAGGCCGAGCUAGGCGCUGCAGGUGUCGGUGCGGGUGCUGGUGGACUUGCCGCAGGGCAGCACGACACUCGUCCAAGCCAUGAGACGGGCUAUACAGGUUCGACCGUCGCGGCACCGGGCACUGCUUCUUACGACAAGGUUGAUGCACACCACGGCCACCAGCCGCACGGUACGCAUGGUGGUUAUUACACUCAACCCCAGGGUACUGGUGUCAACCCGUACGGUUACGACAACAGUCGUACGGCUGGCACCGCCACCAACUACUAG